AUGGGUUUACCUAAAAUUAUUCUAUGUAUUAAUUCAAUGUUAUUUUUGAAUAUCUUUUCUAAUAUUGUAGACCCAUGUAGUCGUUCGAAAUGCUAUACGACAUCAACAUGUAAGCACUAUGACAACGAAGAUGGCUAUAUAUGCGGUUGUCAAAAGGGUCGGAAAGGAAAGUACUGUAAAGAGAUUGACCAUGAUUUCAAAGAAUCAAAGCAACAGACAACUCUUACUGCUGUAGGUAGCAGUCUAGGUGGAUUGGUUUUAAUACUUAUUACAGUAAUCAUCGGCGUCUCUAGAUGGCGAGCCGGGAAGAUAAAAGAAGCCGAAAAGGUCUCCAUGAAGCAUAUGGACACAAAUGGUUUAAAAGAUUUUGACAAUUCGUAUCUUGCUAAUCAGUACAUGAAGGAUAUGGAUGACGGAAGAUCUUUCUAUAGUCAAAGGCUGUCAAACAUAUCUCUGCCACGCGAACAACAAAAUGGUGGAAACCGCAAUGGUUACCUCACUGAUUCCUUCAAUGCCAAACUAUCAAGGCCUAACUUCCACGGCUCUAUGCCAAACCUUGCGAAUGAUGAUGCAAAUUUUAAUCGCUAUGACAACCGACGAUACUCGGUCGAAGAGCCAAGAAGAGUUUCAAGCUACAAUCAAGGCUUCGACUCAAAUUACGAUAUGGACUGGAGAGCUCCGAGGAACAAUGUGAAUGGUCGAAGAUCUCCUCCACCUGAUUACGGAAGGCCAAGGUCACCGAGGCCGGACUAUGGUCGAAGAGAAAUACUUAACAGAUCAAAGGACAGUGGAGUGGGAAAUGGUUAUACAGGCGGAAGUAACGAAUACCGACGAUCGGAUAAGGGGAGGGAAAGCUACUAUGACAACAGAUGGAGUACAAACUUCUAGAUACACACAACAUACAUUUUAAUACAUAUUUAAGAAACCAACACGAUUACAGAUGGUUACAUUUCUAUAGCGUCAAAACUAAAUACAUGACAAUGCUGCUUUAAAGACAACCUGUGUAUUAUGUAGUGAUGGCAGAUGCAAUAUCUCAACAACAAAGUAUUUUUCCAAAAUUUCAUGUAAAUUAUAAAUAGAAUUAUUUUGAAACCGUAACGUCUGUUAGUAUGAAGUCAUUACCUUGAAGUAGAUCAGUAGAAACAGUUUACAAAAUAUUUAAGUCUUAUUCUCUAUGCCUUAUGUUUGUGUAAAGAAUAGCGCCCUAAAAAUAUUAAUGUCUUGCAACUGUAUGGUAGUGCAUGUUUGGCAGAGAUCACCUUUUUGUAGAUUUUCUACUUCUAUUCAUAUAUACAUUGUUUUUGUAUGCAGGUUACUUUUAGUACUGGCAUAGUGACUACAUUUGGCGACAUAAAACCUUUACUGCGUUGGUGUUCCAUAAAACCCAAAAUCAAAUAACAGGAGCUUCUUCUUAUGAAUUUUAUAUUUAUUAUUGGUCGUGGAAUGACACACGUGAAAUUGAUACUAUUUAGAAAUGCACUUAAUACAUUCAUAGUAUAGUUGUUUAUAUGUCUCGUAAAACAUUAAUACACAUAUUUACAUGCUGUGCAAAAACGGUAUCGAAUGUUCGAUAUAACUUUCUUUACGUCACCAAUUGUUUAAUUGUAUGUGAUACAGAAAGCAUUCAAUCUUCGUAAAAAUUGUUUAGAUGAAACAUUUUUUUUUGAAAAUGCAUAAAUAAACGGUGUUUGAAUACAUCUGUCUAGAUGCCUUUGCUUGUUUUGUCACUUUUUAUCAGACUACAACAUGUAACAUGUAGAAAAAACACACCGAAGACAAAAUAUCUCUAUGCAAAAGCAGAUUUUGUUCUUCUUCACUUGACAAUUUUUUUUUUGUUUUGAAAUUGAGUCUUUGUGGAAAAUCAAACCUAUACGAAAAUAAACACAAUAUUAUACUAGUGUUAAAUAUUUACAAGUUUACAUGUUUAAAUGGCAAUAUUUCAAUUAACUUUUUUCCAAAUUACGUCAAUGUUUAAUGGGCAUUUGCGCACCGAACAUUGGCUUCAUAUAAAUAUCCAUAAAUACAAAGUAGUUAAGCUCAUUGCAUUUGAGGCAUUUGCUAUUAUCAUGUUAUUUUAUUUUUUUAAUAACGAGACUAUUUUCGAUUAGUGCAGUCAGGGCUAUGUCUGCAAUAAUGUGGAAAAUUCUCCAAACCCAAACAUAGGUAUAUUUCACGAUAUUCGAUUUUUACUCCUGCAAGUGCAAAAUAGCUAUACAUUUCUUUUACCAUUAUGUUCUAUGAAACAAAUCGGAUGCGAAAACGCAUUUUAUUCUACUUCUAACGGCAUUAUGAAAAUAAUAUAUAAGUGAUGUCACUCAAUAAAGAUCUAAACAACCAAGCAGAGCUCCCUUUUAACAGAAAAUAAUUACUGUAUUGAGUUCCCCAGUCUGCCUAAUUGUAGCAGAUUCUCUUCAUUCGUAGAUUGUACACAUUCAUUUGUAUAUGGACUCGGGCCAUUUAAAUGGAAUAAUUCAAUCAGAGUUUGAUGCAUACAGCGUAUAUAUACAGGAUUUGUCUAUCAAAUUAAAAUUUGAAUUUGUAGACACUGUCUGUUUAGUUUACGCAAAGGAAAGGUUUACGAAACUUUAUGAAAUGUUGUAUAUAUGGUAUAUCUUUGUACGUUACAUACAUUUUGUAGGCCAUAUACGUAUAGACACAUUACACAUUAUAUGUAGUACUUAUUUCAAUUUUAUAAGCGCAUAAUAUCCAAUGAAGUUACUGUUUUAAACAGACAUUUCAUUGUAUAGUUCAUUAUCAUUUUAACUGGAACAAAAAUCAAUCUUGAUAUCAUUUCCACAUCAGAAACACUUCAAGUGUACAUAAUACCAUUGAUUUUUAUAAUGUAUGACACAUAAGAGCUGACUUUUAUGCAGUUACAUCAUCAUUUUACUCAGACGCAAUUAAAAUAUUUGUACUAUUUUCCUUUUUUAUUUCUAAGUGCUACUUACUUUUAAUUGACUACUUUAAUUUCUCACAUUAAUUAAAUAUCAAAAUUAAUAAUGAAUUAUGAAGCGUUUAUUAUUCUAUUGUUAAGGACCACAAUGGAAAUAAGAGUUUAUUUUAACUCUUUUUUGUGUUAUCCUUAACAUAUAAUGUUUAUUGACAUGGCUAUAUUAAUUCAUACAUGUUUGUUUAUUGUUUGAUUGUAUGUUUUAAUUAUAAGUCGCCAUGUAAAUUGUACAUUUUAUGUUGAAAUAAAUCUAUCUAUCUAUGUGCAUAAUGCUUUCUUUGAAGUAUUCUUGAAUAUGUUUUGAUCAAAUGUAAGUUUGCGUUUUUUACAUAGUGUCAUAUAUUUCAAGGUAAACUAAGUGAAAUGUUUGUAUUUCAAGCAUAUCUAAAUAUUCAAUUAAAGAACAAUUUUAAGCCAUCAAAUUAUAUUUUUCCAUUGACUUAAAGAUUAACGAAUUUGUCAUGCAUUUUUGAGGGUCUACAGACUAAAUUCUGGCAAAUUUUUCUUCUUUUACAAUAAAAUGUUCAUAUUUUGGUGCAUUGAAAAUCAAGUUGUUUAAAAAGUUAUCAUUGUAGAAAAGCUGCUGGUCAUUUGUCCAAUUUGUGCAUUUAUUUUCUGUCAAGUAUACCCACUUCGCACUGAAGGUGAUUACUUGUAGAAAUCCGAAUACUAUUUCAAAUAUAAGACAUUCUAAUGUAUUAAAAUUCAUUUUUUAUUACACUUACUAGUAGUAACUAAAUUAUUAUUAACUUGACUAUACUUCAAAGGAGUACAAGAAAUUAUACUAAAUUUUAUAUUGGGACGUUUUUUCUAUGUUAAUUUUCUCUGCUAACAGUACAUUAAAUAUUUAGCUUCAAAUAUAAAAUAGUGUUGUUUUGUUGUAAUGUUUAGCACUAUGAAAUUUUACUUAAUAAUGACAUCCGGCAAUUACCUUUCAGGUAUGUUGAUUUAUCUAUUUUUGUUUUUGUUUUGAUACUGAUCAUAUAUAUGUAUUCGUUGAUUUUCAUGUGUUUCUGAUUCUGGAACCAAUAUCCAAAUUAUUUAUAUAUUUACAUCUACUAGUUUUUUCUGUCUAAAAUUAAGAAAAAUUGGUAUUUUUGUCUUGCAAUACAGUUACUGCUUCAAAAAAAAUUGCUUUAAAUUGCAUGGAACUCGAUGGUUUCUAUCAAAGGGAAUAGAUAAACAAAGGACGGUGCAUCAAUUUAUAUUUCGAGUUGCUAUUUUGCAGCGAAAGCACUUGAAAGAGACAGCACAUGUAAUAGUUUAUAAAUAUAUAUAUCAUAAUCACUUGUAUUCAAUUUCAUUUCUUUGCCAGCUGAAUUGCAACAUACCGGAAUGCAACUAUUUUAAGGUAAAUCAAAUACAUGCUAAUGUACAAAAUUAUUAUCAAAUUGUAGUUUUUGAUUUUUUAACUCACACGUAGUGAUAAGCUGAGUUUUUUGAUCGCCCUUCGUCCGUUGUCUGUCAUCGUAAUCCGUCCACAAUUUCUUGUGAACACGAAAGACACCACAUUUUGCAAUCGAUUUUAAUCAAACUUUAACACGACUUGUAUUGACAUAAUUGUCUCGGUUCUUUUUGAAAACUGGCCAAAUUCCAUCACGGGUUCUAGAUUUAAUUUGCUAUUUUGCUUUUGUAGCCAUAUAGAGACUUCAUUUACUUUUUGAUUUCAUACAAACUUGCAAAAUAUCUUUAACAACAAUAGAUCUUGAAUCCCAUGAUGAAUCCGUCAGAUCCAACCACAGGUUCUCGAGUUAUGUCCCUUGAUUGACCCCUAAAAGAGCAAAAAUUUGUUACUUUUUACCAUGUGAACACGAAAGAAUAGAAGUGACAUUUUACAUUCGAUUUUUACCACACUUACACA